AUGGCAGUCGCUGCCGCUGCUGUUAAGAAGAAAUCCAGGCUGCUAAUUUCCAAGAAACCAAAACCCCAACAACAAGAAUUCAUCAGCCCUAGUAGUAGUGUUUUCCUCCUCCUGCUCCGUCGUCUCCCUUCCGCCGCAAUUCUCAUCCUCAUUCUCAUCUUCCUAUGGUCUUCAUCUACCACCAUUAUUUCUGGCAACUUACUUCACGUCUGCGUUUCCGCCCGAAAGCUCCACAACGUCUACUGCAUCUCAGCCGGCACUCAACCCAAUAUCGCCCUUCAACUCCCUGCACCUGUCAAUAAUGGAACAGAUAAUGAUGAGAAAAAUAAUAAUCCUGCAGUGGCUGGGAAUCAAGUUCUCACUUUCAGAAGUGGGAAUAAUGAGAAGUUGGAGGAGGGUGCUUAUAGGAUUAUUGAGGAGCUGAUAGCAGAGCAGCGAUCGUGGUCCAGUGAAUCAACCUCAACCUGCAGUGAUCGCGGGGGAGUUUAUGUGUAUGAAUUGCCUGCAAAGUUCAACAAAGAUUUGGUAUCCCAGUGCGGUGACAUGAUGCCCUGGGAAAAUCUCUGUAAGUAUUUCAACAACGGAGCCAUGGGAGAGCCCAUAGAGAAGCUUGGCAGAGGGUGGUACCAGACUCAUCAGUAUUCACUGGAGUUCAUUUUCCAUUCUCUACUCCUCAACCAUCCUUGCAGAGUCUACAAUCAGAACGAAGCAAAGCUGUUUUACGUGCCCUUCUAUGGCGGCCUCGACAUCCUGCGCUGGCAUUUCAAGAAUAAUGUCUCUCACGCUCUCAAAGACUCUCUGGGGUUGGAGCUGGUGAGAUGGCUGGAAUCGCAGCCCGCCUGGUUCAAGAAAUCAGGGAAAGAUCACGUGUUCGUUCUGGGAAAAAUUUCCUGGGAUUUCAGACGAAAAGAUGGAUAUAAUUGGGGAAGCAGAUUUUUGGAGCUUGAUGAAAUGCAGAAUCCGAUGAAGCUCUUGAUCGAACGGCAACCCUGGCAUUUAAACGACAUCGGAGUCCCACACCCCACCUACUUCCAUCCACAAUCCGACGAGGAUAUCAUUUCAUGGCAGCACAAAACCAUCACCUCUAACCGGAGAAGCCUGGUGAGCUUUGCCGGAGCCGCCAGGCCAGGUUCCCCGGGAAACAUAAGAUCAAUCCUAAUCAAACAAUGCACCAUAAACCAUGAAAAGUGCAGGUUCUUGGAUUGCGCGCGGGGCUCCGGCGGAUGUGAUCACCCGGAAUCCAUCAUUAACCUCUUCAUGGAAUCUGAAUUCUGCCUGCAACCUCCGGGCGACAGCCCCACCCGAAAAUCAGUCUUCGACUCUCUCGUCGCAGGUUGUAUCCCUGUCCUGUUUGAUCCCUUUACAGCAUACUAUCAGUAUCCAUGGCAUCUGCCCCAAGACCACAAAAAAUACUCAGUGCUCAUCGAUCAAGCAGAUGUUAGAGACAUGAAGGUGAAUGUGGUGGAAAGAUUAGCAGAAAUUGGUGUCAAGGAAAGGGAAAACAUGAGGAGAUAUAUAGUUUAUGAACUAUUACCUGGAUUGGUGUAUAGAGAUCCUAAUUCUAAGCUCCACAAAUUUAAGGAUGCAUUUUCCAUAACAAUGAACAACCUAUUUGAGAGAGUGAAUAGAUUGGAUGGAUAG